GUGCCUGAAAAAAGUUUAUCUGAUAGUGAUAUGACAAAACCUAAGAAUCAUUCAUCUUUUCAUACUUAUAUUGUCUCUCCAGUUCAAGCAUUCUUUCAAAUCACUAGUAAAUCCUCAAAUCAAAACCGUCUCGAUAUUCUAAUUCCUUCAAUCCCAACUCCUUCAAUUCCUAAUGUUCUAUCUAAUAUAGAACCAGCUGUUUCGGCCGUUAGUAGUGCUGUCACCAAUGCUGCAAAUACUGCUUCAAAUACUGCUGGAGAUAUUGCUGCAGUAGCCCCUG